UUAUUCAAUUUCAACCGGUUCUUGGAUUAAUGCAACCGGCAGCCCCCGUUUUCCUCACCGACCGAAUUCAUUUCUUCGUUUUCCUGCAUGUUGUCGCUGCUUUGGGUGUUGCAUGCAUGCGUUGUGUUGAUCGCGUGGAGACGCAUAGACCCCGACACUAAACCCGGGUCGGAUCGUGUUAGAGUGUGUCUCAUCGCCUUACAUUGAUUUGGAGGUAAAGGCACAAACCGUGAGACACGCUCAGUUUAUGCGUAAAGUUGUGCGUAAGUGCAUUACUCGUUUAGUUGUGCAACCUGGAAUGUAUUUUUAAUUUAUUUACAGACGUGGAGGUAUAGUUCCCUCACUGAGCUGCACCGACUUUGAGUUUGUGUGUUUUUGUGGUUUAUACUCUGCAUUACAAUUAGUAGAUUGUAUUUUUUUAUUGUAUUUUAUUAGGCCCUGUUCAGCAAAUGCCUUUGAAUCCCAAUCGAUACCCCUUCACGCUGUUAAAACGGAACUGGAAGGAGAUAAAGUGCCCUUCUCGACUCGAGGAAGAUCCGACUAAUGACAAAGUUAAUUCCCAAAGUUGGAGGAGUAGCCGUCUGUUUUGGCUGACUCAGUCUGACUGUUUAUAUUUGACUUGGCAUAAGUCAGUGAUUGACUGAGAUGUGGUUUAGUUUGUACUUAAGAGGAUUGUGCUUUUAUGGCUUCGGCUGAAGUGUAUAGCCCGGGCCUCCAAGCCAUUUAUCUUCCGAGCUGUUUGGCUGCAGACUUUAUAUCUUAAAGAAUCAUAAAAUAGUGUGGGACUUCUGAGGUCAGCCAGCCCGAGGUGGGGGAAUAUUAACGAAGGUGGUGUCCACGGCAGAACAUGUUGUCCUGGACUUGGAUUUUUAUGUAAUUAUUAUUUUCUUUUUUAGUUUGCACAUGGAAACUGAAAUGGCCUCAGUUUGUAAUGAAAUAUUAUACAAAUCACACUAUGGACAAAAAAACUAGAAUUAUAUAAUUUACAUGACACAUACAUUACUCAGUUUUUUUAAAGUUUUGGGUAAAAACAUUACAGUGUUUCUCCGGAAAAUAUCAGAAUACAAAACCAUGCAUUUGUCUUUAUUUAUAUUUUUAUUUCUGCAGCGUGUAAAGCCUGAAACAUGCCUUUAGUUUGUCACUCUCUGAGGUUCGCUCGAAGGCUUUUUGUUUUAUUGCUUGAAAGUGUGUAUCAAGAGUGCUAUGCCUUCUUAGGAAAGCUCACUCACGGCACCGACACACUCUCUCACACACACACACACACACACACACACACACACACACACACACACACACACACACACACACACACACACACACACACACACACACACACACACACACACACACUCACACACGUAGAGACACAGGGAGGGGAUUUCUGUGGUUUCCCAUGCUUGCCUGCUUCUCCAAAGAACAAUAUGUGGUUUUAACUCUUCAAAGACCCACUUAAAUGAGGCAUCUUAUGGUUUAUUCAAUUUGACAUUUUAAUGACCUUAAAACAAUGCCAAGUUCCCCUUUCCAUGUUUCUCCUUCUGUUGCUACGAUUUUAAAAUGUUUAAACCCAAACCAACACUCUUAGUAUUGCAUCCAAAACUUAAACUCAGUCGUGUAUAAUUUUCACUUUAAUGAUGUUCAUUUAAUUCAAUUUGUAUUUCAUCGGAGCUUGAAUAUAAACAUGUUAUUCUUUAAAUUCUUACGUUCAUGUUUCUGAGAAUGGACCAAUUAUUAUAAUCAAACUAUAAAAUAUGACCCGUCUAACCACGGCUCAUAUUUUAUAGUUUUCAUGUCGGGCUAAAAUUAUGACUCAAGUAUGUGGUUUGGUUUGUGUGGUCAGCGUAGCUGCACAAAUGAACCGGUGUGAUGUUUCACCCAACAUUUCACCUGAAUGCGACAAUCUGAACCCCUCGAUUUUAACAACUCUCAGAAAUCACCCGUCUCCCACAACAAAAUGAUCCUCUCGUCAAACAUAUCUCGUGAACAAUUUUACUUUAAAAGCAACUUCUCCCAGGUUCCUUCUCGUCCCCCAAGUUCAGCUCUUGUACGUCCCCGCAGUGGGUGCGUGAUCGAGGCCCUCUCCCAACACGUCUGCACCGGCUAGGAAUGCAUUUCAAUCUGUUUAGUUCUGCUGCUAAUUUAUUGGAUUGAUUUGACCCAGUCCUCGCUUUUGGACUGGUACGUUUUAUCUUUUGGUUAAUAUUUGACGGAUAAGUCCUCAUGAGCAAGCGGGAAUAGUUUGAUAAGAGCUGGUGUGUGUGUGUCGGUGUGUGUAAAGGCGCUCAGAGCAUUCUCCUCAACCCAGCGAGUGUUGGAACGAGAGAGAGGGAGAGAGAGCAGAGAGGGGGCAGACACUCCAGCGCAUUCACUGCUCGUUGUGCUCCGAGCUAUUGUGGCGUCGCCGCCGUUUGAACGCAAACACUGGAUUUCCUUGUUGUGCCCUCAAUACGUCCCCAUACAUCUCGGAUGGAUGAGUUCCACCCCUUCAUCGAGGCGCUGCUGCCGCACGUGCGCGCCAUCGCCUACACCUGGUUCAACCUGCAGGCCCGCAAGCGCAAGUACUUCAAGAAGCACGAGAAGCGCAUGUCCAAGGACGAGGAGCGUGCGGUGAAGGACGAGCUGCUGGGCGAGAAGGCCGAGGUGAAGCAGAAGUGGGCGUCGCGGCUGCUGGCCAAGCUGAGGAAGGACAUUCGCCAAGAGUACCGCGAGGACUUUGUCCUCAGCGUCACCGGCAAGAAGCACCCGUGCUGCGUGCUGUCCAACCCCGACCAGAAGGGCAAGAUCCGCCGCAUCGACUGCCUGCGGCAGGCGGACAAAGUGUGGCGUCUGGACUUGGUGAUGGUCAUCCUCUUCAAAGGCAUCCCCCUGGAGAGUACGGACGGAGAGCGGCUGGUCAAGUCCCCGCACUGCACCAACCCCGCGCUGUGCGUGCAGCCGCACCACAUCACCGUGUCCGUCAAGGAGCUGGACUUGUUCCUGGCGUACUACGUCCAAGACCAAGGUAGGAAGGGGGGCCGGCCGGGAGUGUGUGUGGGAGGGUGGGGGGGAGGGGAGUGUGUGUGUGUUAGUAUGGAUGGGGUGAUAAGGUCACACUCUGCUUUCUGGACUUGUGGUCUUUCAGUCUGGAUGAUGUCCAAGUGGGACGUCGUCAUGGACUUGUUUGGGAUUUGUCCUGCGAUGAUUUUAUUCUGUUUGUAGGUUUUUAUUUAGUCGGGUCAUUUACAUGCACCUGAAUAUAUCCUCUUAUAUUACUGAGGCAUUUUGGUUCAAACAUAAAAUAUGGUAUUUUUAUUAUUUAUAAUAUUAUGUUCUACAAUAUAAUUUAUACAAACUUAAAAUAAUUUAUUCAAAAUAUUUUUGUACCAGCAUAUGAUAAAGAAUAUCACAUAUUGUUAUUUAAAUAUGUAAUUUGCGUUACUCUUUACAAGAUAGUAAAUACACCUUUUUAUUUAUAUUCAUCAUAUAUUUGAAUAGUUUUGUUGGUUUUACAUAUUUGUUUUGCAAAUUUUUUCAAUUCAAUUUCUUCACCGGAUAGUUUUUUGUCUAGAAGAUUUAUUAGAAAUUAAAAUACAAUGCUUUUUUAAUACAAAGUCAAUUGGGGGAUACAAUUGAUAGAUAUUAUAAUUGGUUACAUUCAGUUUGAAUUAUAAUUAUAAUGAUAAUUGCAGUCAUUAUGAUCCAUCAUUUUGAUAUAUUCUUUCUAUAAUAACAAGUCGCCAGUCCUGCCAUAUUUGCAAUUUUUAUUUCUAACAUGUUAGUAGUAGUAAUAGUAAAAUAUAUUUGGUAAAUAUAUUCCAUGAUGUUAGCAGCCACACGUUUUGUAGUCAGUUUGGAGCUCUUUAAAGUAAGUUGAAACAGAUCAAUGGUUAGAUUCAAUCAAUGGUGACUGCUGUUUUGGUUUUGUGAAAAUAUCAAAUAAGCAAACAAAGAAUCAAAAUUUCCUCACAUUCCCCCUUUUACAACAAUUCCCGCAACCCAAAUAUUGUGAUUCCAGCCUCCUUCUGUUUCCACUAUCAAUGAAUUAUCAUCGUCUCAACACAUGCGUCUGUUUUCUAUAAAUUAGUCAUCGUUCAAUUUUCACAUCCAAACCCUAAAAAUGCAUUUUAAUCUUUUUUUUUAUUUUUUUUGCUGUAGUAGCACUGAAUCCACUUGCACCCAAAGCGAUCCCACCGUAGUCGAGGUAGAAAUGUCCGUAGAGCUAGCUUGUAAUCAUGCAACACGAAGCGCCAUUUUGUGUCUGAUAAGUGCCAGGGAAAGCAGAAGGCACCGCAGAGAGGCAAUAAUGGUUGCCAUUGGCACCAGGGUUGGCAUCAGCCCCUCUUUUGUGUCUUUUGUAAGAUGCCGUUGGUUGUCUCGUUUGCAUCUGCUGUGGGUUUUAACUGUUCAGUAUCAACCUUGGAGAAGCCUUUUUGGGGUACGAUUUUAAUAUCACAAAUGCUUGAAUCGGAUGUGAAACAUACAUUCUUUCACAAUGUAUACAUUUGUCUUUUUCGGUUAAGGUUUCUAUAAAUGAGUGAAAGGAUUGCGAGCUCAUCAUUUCCAGUUGUCCUCAUCGUCACUAUUUAUUGUGAGUGAGAUCUUACACGACGCUACAUUGGCAUUAUUUCAAAAGUAUUUCUCCGGUGGCGGCCGCGGUUUUCCGCCGCUCGGGAGGUGAAAGCGCUGUCUUCCCCUCUGCCUGCCAAACUGUGCCCAUCUCUAGACAAUGCAGCCAUAUUGUGGUAGCGUGUGGUGCGGCGCCAUUUUGUUUUCCGCCGUGCCAGGGAGGCAGGGAAAUGGCCAGUAAUGGUUGUCAGAGGUUCGGAGGUUGGCAUCAAACCCUCUUUGUUUGGAUGCAGCGUGCCUUUGAUUCGUCGGUUGGCAUCCGCAAUGCAGUGGGGCUGGUUGGAAAGUUUUCUGACACUGGCAGGAUGGAGGCUGCUUCCUUUGUUCUGUUGCAAACUGUACGAAACAAACAAACAAACAAACAAACUGCUCGCGCGGUCCGACGCAAAGACGUGACCCGUGAAACGCGCGUCCUCCGAGGGGAGAGCGACCGUUGCGUAAACUGAACCGCGGCGCGGAACGCAGCGACGGAACCGGCCGCGACAGCGUCGGCGCUCGCGGCUCAGCGGCUCCUCUGCGGUCUGUCUCCGAUGCGGCCGCGUGUGACCGCAACGGAAAACAACGAGAAAAAAAAAAAACCAUCGCACACGGUGAAGUGUGUCGUCGUCUCAUUCCCUCCAAAAAAGAAGCGGUAUUAAUGCGUUGGAUUCCGACGUGUCCGAUGCAUGGUGCUCAUGGCCUGCUGCCCUGGGAAAGGUCGCGGGUUUGGCAGCGGGGGUGUGACGGUUGGGUCCUGAGAGGGCACUCGUACUCUGUUGUUCGGGGGGCUCAGGCGCGAUCCUCCCAGCGGAGACGUAGCACCCAUGUGCAUGCCCAGCUGAAUGCCCACUGGGAAGCAUGGAGUAGGGGGGUGGGGGGGAUGGGGUGGCGGCUGGGGCAUCCAUUGUGCCAACUGGCAGGCCCCUCUCCCACACAGAGCCAGGGCCUCUCACGGCCACACUGCUGUUAACCUUGUUUGUGACCUACAGCGAGACUAAAAACAGAACAACAAUGAGGAAUCGUCCGCGCUGUCUUACCGCAGAUUCCCCCCCUCUGACGGAAACAAACUGAAAGAAUAAAGAGCCUAGAACGAGAUGCCGCCGCCCACUGCGGCCUCACCUGCGCCGACUCUCUGGCGGUGAGCUGUGAUUGGUGGAGGGGCGGUUCCCGCGUGCGGACGUGUCGCGGCAGGCCCCCGGUCUCAGCGGUGUGUUGUGAUAUCGCUCCCCAGCCCGUCGCAGAACCUCACGGAACGCAUUAACCAGCGACCGGGAAACUGGAAAGGUUGGAAUCCUUGGCGGUCUGACGUUGACAGAAUCUGUGAGUCUGUCGACGUGAGAGACAGGACACAUAAAGAGAAGGGACACGUCACUCUCGCCGUCGUCGUGGCGACUGGAUCCGUCACCACCCGCCGUAAAACCACGCACAGAUCUGCGGAUAAGUGCAGGGGCUGUAAUUGACCUCGUUUCUGCCCCAAAAGAAACCAAUAAUUCCGCACGGGCCCCCCAUAAAUCGUCCAGCCCGUGAACGCCCCCCCCCUCCCCCCCGCGCCUGACGGAUCCUCUGGUGAUCGGCGACACGAGCGGGUGGCUCCGCCGUCCCCGCGGGGGGGGGGGGGGCGGGAGAGGUCAAGGUCAAGCUGCUUUCAUUACCCGGGUGCUGAAAGUUAACACGGCCGUAAAACAUCAUUACCUUACGCCAACCUCCACCUCCACGG